AUUAGUUGAUCGAUUGCUGUUAGUCGAUUUAUCUCGAAGUCCUCUCGAAGCGAGGGAGGAGAAACAAAACAACAACAUAACCAAAAAAAAAAGUUGUGACAGAAGGAAAAAGAAAAAACUGUAAUUAUGAGUUCAAAAGAAGAUGCAACGGGAAGGGGAUGGACAAUAGACGAAAAGAAAAAGCUUUUAGAAUUAAUGAAAUACCAUGGUCAUACAAAUUACGAUAGAAUAGCUCUAGAAUUUCCAAAUAAAUCAUCAUUGGGAAUAAAGGCAAAAAUAAAUAAAUAUCUAGCGCUGUCAAAAACAUUAAAACCAGGUUCACUGGACCCACUCGAUUUUUGGUUGUAUUCAUUCUUUCAACCCGAGGACGAUUCAUUGAUUUCACGUGCACUAUUAUUUAUUCAAUUAUUUGAAAAUCAUCCAGAAUCCGAUGAAUCAAAUGGCAUUGAAUUUGACACAAUUUAUGGACUUUUACAUCGUUUAACAUUAGGACAUCCACCGAAUAAUAUUUCGCCUCAAACAUUUGAUGUAUUCGAUAAGGAAAUGUUGAAGGCAAUUGAAUUUGUCAUGUGUAAAAGUGAAAAGGAAGUACUCACAUAUCUCAGUACUUUGAGUAUUAAGAAAAAGCCGACAAAAGAUUAUUCGAGAAAAACAAGUUAAUUUUCGAAACUAAAUUAUAAUAUUUGGAAAAUUAUUCAUAAAUGAAUAAAAACAAUUUAGAAAUUGGAA